AUGACCACGACACGUGCGCCGAUGAUCCGGCUCCUCCUCCUCCUCCUCGUCGCCGCCGCCUGCUGCUUCUCCUCCGGCUCCGUCGUCGCCGCCACCGACAGCAUCGGCCUGGGCGCGUCCGUCACCGGCAACCAGACGCUCGUCUCGGCGGGCGGGAUCUUCGAGCUCGGCUUCUUCAGCCCGCCCGGCGGCCGGACGUACCUCGGCAUUCGGUACGCGGGCAUCGCGGACCGGACCGUUGUGUGGGUCGCCAACCGCAACGACCCGCUCGUCAGCGCCCCCGGCGCCCUCCGGCUCGCCCCCGACGGCCGGCUCCUCAUCCUCGACCGCCAGAACAGCACCGUCUGGUCCUCGCCGGCGCCCACCCGCCGGAUCACCGCGGGCGCCGUCGCCCGGCUCGGCGACGACGGCAACUUCCUCCUGAGCUCGGACGGGAGCGGCUCGCCCCAGAGCGUGGCGUGGCAGAGCUUCGACUACCCGACGGACACGCUGCUCCCCGGCAUGAAGCUCGGGAUAGACUUCAAGCGGCGCCUCACCAGGAACCUCACGUCGUGGAACACCCCCAACGACCCCUCGCCGGGGCAGUACACGUUCAAGCUCGUCCCCGGGGGGCUCCCGGAGUUCUUCCUCUUCCAGGGCCCCAAGAAGAUCUACGCCAGCGGGCCGUUCAACGGCGCCGGGCUCACCGGCGUGCCCAACCUCAGGUCCCAGGAUUUCCUCUUCACGGUGGUGAACAGCCCCGACGAGACCUACUACAGCUACGCCAUCACCAACCCGCAGCUGCGGUCGCGGUUCCUCAUGGACGGCACGGCGGGGGUGGUGCAGCGCUACGUCUGGACCAACGGCCAGUGGAGCAGCUUCUGGUACUACCCGACGGACCCCUGCGACACCUACGGCAAGUGCGGGGCGUUCGGCUACUGCGACACCACCCAGGCCCCGCUCUGCGCCUGCCUGCCGGGCUUCCAGCCGCGGUCGACGGAGCAGUGGAACCUCCGGGACGGGACCGGCGGGUGCGUCAGGACGACCAACCUGAGCUGCGGCGCCGGGGACGGGUUCUGGCCCGUGAGCCAGAUGAAGCUGCCGGAGGCGACCAACGCGACGGUGCACGCCGACAUGACGCUGGACCAGUGCCGGCAGGCGUGCCUGGCCGACUGCAGCUGCAGGGCCUACUCCGCCGCAAACGUCAGCGGCGGGAUCAACCGCGGGUGCGUCAUCUGGGGCGUCGAUCUGAUGGACAUGCGGCAGUAUCCGGCGGUCGUGCAGGACGUCUUCAUCCGGCUCGCGCAGUCCGAGGUCGAUGCCUUGAUCGCCGCAGCUCGCCGCCAGCGCCCGAACAGGAAGCUGCUGAUCGCAGGCGUCGCCGCUGCUUCCGGGGUGCUUCUUCUGGGGGCGAUUUUGGGCUGCUGCUGUUUCUGGAGGAAGAAGCGUCAGGCCAAAACGGCGCCAAGUAGUCACAGCGACGUGCUUCCGCUGAGGCACAGGAAACACCCCGCGGCGAGCCCGGCACGGAAUCAACGGCUGGAGGAGAAUAGGAUGGGUUCCGAGAAAGAUCUUGACCUCCCGUUCUUCGAUCUAGAGGCGAUUCUGACUGCAACGGAUGACUUCGACCCUGAUAGUAAGAUCGGGCAGGGGGGAUUUGGUUCCGUCUAUAUGGGAAAACUUGAGGAUGGGCAAGAAGUAGCUGUAAAGAGGUUAUCCAAGAAAUCAGUGCAGGGUGUUGGGGAAUUCAAGAACGAGGUGAAACUGAUAGCAAAGCUUCAGCAUAGGAACCUUGUGAAGCUGCUAGGCUGCUGCAUCGACGACGACGAGAGAAUGCUUGUCUAUGAGUUCAUGCCCAACAACAGCCUAGACACAUUCAUAUUUGAUGAAGAAAAGCGCAAGUCACUAGUAUGGAAGAACCGUUUUGAGAUCAUUAUGGGGAUUGCGAGGGGUCUGCUUUAUCUCCAUGAAGACUCCAGGGUCAGGAUCAUCCACAGGGACAUGAAGGCAAGCAAUGUGUUAUUAGACAGAAAUAUGAUCCCCAAGAUUUCUGACUUCGGCAUCGCGAGAAUGUUUGGAGGUGAUCAGACAACUGAAUAUACCAUGAAGGUCAUUGGGACAUAUGGCUACAUGUCUCCAGAAUAUGCAAUGGACGGCGUAUUCUCUAUGAAGUCCGAUAUUUAUAGUUUCGGUGUCCUGGUGAUAGAGAUCAUCACUGGCAAGAGGAAUCGAGGCUUUUACGACGACGAGCUUGAUCUCAACCUCCUUGGUUAUGCAUGGAUGUUGUGGAAAGAAGGUCGGGGUGUGGAGCUACUGGAUGAAGCAAUGGGCGGCACCUUUGACUACGAUGUGGUGCUCAGGUGCAUACAGGUCGCUCUCCUGUGUGUUCAAGUGCAUCCUAGGAGCAGGCCACUGAUGUCCUCGGUUGUCAUGUUGCUGAGCAGUGAGAAUGCAACAAUGCCAGAGCCAAACGAACCUGGAGUAAACAUUGGAAAGAUCACGUCUGACACUGAAUCGUCUCAAACACAGACAGGAAUCAGCUUAACAGAAACUGCAGUGGAUGCUAGGUAG